CCCUUUCAGCUUGUGCAUCAAUAAGCCAACCAAGUAGUACUCGUGAAUUAACAAGCCUAGCUAGCUACGUACAGUUUUAAUAUUCCUGAAAAAUGGAUGGUAAGGUUGGAGAAGGAGAAUUCAUUGUGAGUGUGACCAAGGAGGAGAUAGUGGUACCAGAGCUUCCAAUGAAAGAGCAAUGGCUGCCACUAUCAAACCUUGAUCUACUCAUUCCCCCAGUGGACGUGAGUGUAUUCUUCUGCUACAAAAAACCUUUGCCUGAAAAAUAUUAUUGCUUUGGAACCAUGGUGGGGUCACUGAAAAAUGCACUGGCUCAGGCUCUGGUAUACUAUUACCCUUUUGCUGGUGAAAUGGUGGCCAACACCAUGGGUGAGCCUGAGCUGUUUUGCAGUAACCGUGGGGUAGAUUUUGUUGAAGCUGUAGCUGAUGUUGAACUACAGUGCCUCAACUUGUACAACCCUGAUGACACUGUUGAAGGGAAGCUUGUACCAAGGAAGAAGCAUGGCGUGCUUGCUGUUCAGGCAACUGGGCUUAAGUGUGGGGGUUUAGUAGUUGCAUGUACUUUCGACCAUCGCAUAGCUGAUGCCUACUCUGCGAACAUGUUCCUCGUAUCAUGGGCCGAAGCAGCCCGGCCCAACAAGCCCAUAAUCUCAGCCCAGCCAUGUUUCCGACGCUCCCUUCUCACCCCACGUCGCCCACCUUCCAUCCACCCUUUACUCCACCACAUGUACGUUCCCGUCUCGGCGCUACCUCCACCGUCAGAUCCUAAUAAGAAACUCGUGUUCGAAUCUGAGCCACUCAUCAGCCGCAUAUACUACGUCACAAGCGAAUCCCUGAACCGCAUGCAAGCACUAGCUAGCUCAAACGGUACCGUGAAGCGCACAAAGCUCGAGUCUUUCUCUGCAUUCUUGUGGAAGAUGGUUGCUGAAGCUACUGCUAGUGUUGAUGGUAAGAAAAACGUUGCUGCGAAGAUGGGUGUUGUGGUUGAUGGAAGGAAGAUGUUAUGCAACGAUGAAAAGAACAUGGGUUCGUAUUUUGGCAAUGUUCUUUCGAUUCCCUAUGGUGGGAAUGCGGUUGAUGAGCUUGUGGAAAAGCCAUUGAGUUGGGUGGCGGAGAAAGUUCAUGAGUUUUUGAAGAUGGGUGUGACAGAAGACCAUUUUUUAGGGCUUGUUGAUUGGGUUGAAGAACAUCGACCUGUGCCUGGUUUGUCAAGGAUUUAUUGUGGGCAUGGAAAAGAAAAAGGACCUAGUUUUGUGGUUUCUUCAGGGCAAAGGUUUCCGGAGUCAAAGGUUGACUUUGGGUGGGGGAAGCCCGUGUUUGCAUCGUACCAUUUUCCUUGGGGUGGAGAUUCUGGCUAUGUCAUGCCAAUGCCUUGUGCUAAUGGGAAUGGUGAUUGGUUGGUUUACAUGCACCUUCUCAAGGCUCAUUUGAAUUUCAUGGAAGUUAGGGCUCCUCAAAUUCUUAGGCCUUUCUCUUGGGAUUACAUCCUCAAUUAAUCUUCAUUGACUUUGCUUGUUCUUCAUCAAUCACGCAACUUGUUGAUUUGCAACAAGGGAAAAUAAUUUCUAGUGUGAAUUUUAUCCAUACAAAUAGUAUCAAGUGGUGUGACGCAAGUAUUUAUUUUUACAUGUUAUUCUGGCCAUUGCAGUAUUUAUUUUUACAUGUUAUUCGUUACCCAAAAGCGUAUACUCGAUCCGAAGCUGGUAGAGUUGUGUUAACUUUUCUCUCUGAAACUUGAAAGCAACCAAUUACAAUCAUCUCUGCGGGUAGCUAGAAUAAGGGAUCGUUGAAUGGCUUAUUCGGAUGGCAAUCGCUGUUAAUUAGCAACUCAGCCCACAUUUCACGACCCAAGAGGACUAUUAAGAAACCCAGCAAGCUGCAAGGAUACGUGUGAAGAUAAUAAUUAAUAGCUCCUUUAGUCCAUUACUUAAUUAAAUAGAUGCUUCUAGAUGGAAAUUCUAUUAUAACCAUCAUAGUGCUUAUUACAGUUUGGCAAUAUUUCUUUUCUGAUUUUUGGUACUUGUAAUCAC